ACGCCGGAGAGCAGCGGGCGCCGCCGGGCUUGGAAAGAUGGCGGUGCUCGCGCCUUUGAUUGCUUUGGUGUAUUCAGUGCCGAGACUUUCACGAUGGUUGGCCCGACCCUACUACCUUCUGUCCGCCCUGCUCUCUGCUGCCUUCCUUCUGGUGAGGAAGCUGCCGCCGCUCUGCAACGGGCUCCCCACGCAGCGCGAAGACGGCAACCCGUGCGACUUUGACUGGAGAGAAGUGGAGAUCCUCAUGUUCCUCAGCGCCAUCGUGAUGAUGAAGAACCGCAGAUCCAUCACCGUGGAGCAGCACAUAGGCAACAUCUUCAUGUUCAGUAAGGUGGCCAAUGCCAUUCUUUUCUUCCGCCUGGAUAUUCGCAUGGGACUUCUUUAUAUCACACUCUGCAUAGUGUUCCUGAUGACCUGCAAGCCGCCCCUGUACAUGGGCCCUGAGUACAUCAAGUACUUCAAUGACAAAACCAUUGCUGAGGAGCUAGAGCGGGACAAGAGGGUCACUUGGAUCGUGGAGUUCUUUGCCAAUUGGUCAAAUGACUGCCAAUCAUUUGCUCCCAUCUACGCCGACCUCUCUCUCAAGUACAACUGUGCAGGGCUAAAUUUUGGGAAAGUGGAUGUUGGACGCUACACUGAUGUUAGCACACGGUACAAAGUGAGCACGUCACCGCUGACCAAGCAGCUCCCCACCCUGAUCCUCUUCCAAGGUGGAAAGGAGGUGAUGCGGAGGCCACAGAUCGACAAGAAAGGCCGGGCCGUGUCGUGGACCUUCUCUGAGGAGAACGUGAUCCGUGAAUUCAACUUGAACGAGUUAUUCCAACGGGCCAAGAAGCUUUCAAAGACUGGGGACAGUAUCCCUGAGGAGCCACCUGUGACCCCAGCGCCUGCCACAGUGUCACAGGGGGAAAGCAAGAAGGACAAAUAGGAUCCUUCCCCUGGUCAUUGCACGGCUCCCCUGCCUGUCGGCUCCAAGCUCCCUUUGAGGCCCUGCUCCCUGCCUGUCCCACGCCUUGCCUCAGGCUUUGGCCUUUAAGUUUUCCCUGUUGGUUGUGCCUGGCUGGGUCAGGGUGCUGCUUCGAGGGAACUGACAGGCAGGCAUUGUGCAGAAAAGGUCACCCUUGGGCCGGCUGUGUCCUGGGAGGAGGGGACGAAUUUUACAAUAUGGCGGGAGAUGAACCUCCCCAAGCUCUGGUCAGUGUGAACACUGCUGCCCACCACUCGGACAGCACCACCCUGUGGCUGCAUUAUUCCUCUUACUGCACCUGUAUAAUCUAACCUAGAUUAAAUUAAUAUUAGGUGCCAGGAUUUAGGGUGUUAAGAAUUUACCCUCAAGGAGACUGCCUUUCUUGGGUCCUUCUGGCUUGGCCUGUGGCUAUCCUGAAACGUAAGCCUCAUGUUGACAGUGGCUCCAAGGAGAAGCCUCUAACUACCAGAGUUCUCGGCGUCUGGGAA